GCGACGGAUAGUAAAUCUGAUAUAAAUAAUAUCUUGGAACUAAGCAAAGAUAAUAUGAUGCAUUUAAGCUAGAAUUUAUUUCCCUCCUCAGGCGGUUGUAUUUCACGAUGGUGUUUGGUUAAGUCCCUUGAGCUUCCUGCAUCAAACUCGAUGCAUGAGAUUGUUCUAGUGUGUUACAAAGGUGAACCCAUUCUGUAUCUCUAUAUAUAGCCCUUACCUUUGUUUUGUGAAUGAAGCCAGGAUAGUCUUUAGCUAAUAACACUCCGUUCCAACUUGUUUCGAUGGAUUCCGCGAAUGAAAUUGUUGUGAAUGGAAAUCGGAUUACAACUUAUGUAUUAAGGAGUAAAGAGGGUAUAAAUGGUGCUCUAGACUUUGUUUUUCGUGACUGUUUAUUUAAGGUUGUCGGUUUGGAUAUAGGCAAAAGUAACACAUUAUACCUUUGUGAUGAAUUUACAUGUAUUAUUGUUCCUUUGCUUGAUCUGAAUUCGAUUCCCGAAUCACUGAUGAAUUUUCUUUGUUGGCCGCACCAUACUUUUGUUGGCGUUGGCAUUAAGGGAAAGAUGGAAAUGUUGGAGACGCAGUUUGGAAUUAGAUGCACAAAUUCCGUGGAAUUAGGGCCAUUGGCUGCUGAUGUAUUGGGCAUGCCUCAUUUGAGAACUUGUGGUGUUGAUAAACUCGCUCUUGAAGUUCUUGGGUUUGAUCUUGGAAGGAGACUAGUGAGUGGGUUGUAUGAGGAUUCUGGUGCUAAUUCACUUAGCAUACAACAAGCUGAAUUUGCAGCUGUCAAUGUUUGUUCUUUCUACCAGAUUGGGAUGAGAUUGUUCGAGAAAAGAGCUUUUAAUUGUGCAAAUAGAGGACGUGUGAUUCGUAGCAAGAAUUGGCUUUUGCGUUUUGGAAUUUCUAAGUCAAGAUUUGCAGUGUUUGUAAUGAUUUUUUUAGUGUUCGUCAGAGUUAUGAACUCUGAUGAGUUUAGAAAAUCAAAAUUUUGAAAGAAGAAAAGUUUAUUAUGUAAGAAGGACUGUGGAAUCGAUAGGUCUUGGUAAGAGAAUUGUUUUUCCUUGUUUUGUUUGA